GCCCAAUCCCCAGAAUCGAAUCGACCGAAGCCCACCAGCCCAGGAAAGCAGCUCCUCCUCGAAACCAAACUCGAACGAACCACCAAGCCGCGGCGAGAGGAGUGCCGAAUCGCGGCGAUGGCGACGGUGGCGAUGGACGUGUCGCAGCCCUCGGCGCUGCCAGCGACCGUCGACGAGACGACGGCGGCGAAGGGGAGAGCCGGGGGCGAGGGACUGCGGCGGUACUACCAGCAGCACCUCCACGACCUCGAGCUCGCGGUCCGGCAGAAGACCAACGACCUCAGCCGCCUCGAGGCCCAGCGCAACGACCUCAACUCCCGAGUUAAAAUGCAUCGGGAAGAGUUGCAGCUGCUUCAAGAACCAGGUUCACAUGUUGGUGAGGUUGUGAAGGUUAUGGGAAAGUCAAAGGUUUUAGUGAAGGUGCAUCCAGAAGGCAAAUAUAUCGUAGAUGUUAAUAACACUAUCGAUAUUACAAAGCUCAUGCCAUCUACAAGAGUUGCUCUUCGAAAUGGCAGCUAUAUGCUUCAUCUUAUCCUUCCCAGCAAAGUCGAUCCGUUGGUUAAUCUUAUGAAGGUUGAGAAGGUUCCUGAUUCUACAUAUGAUAUGAUUGGUGGUCUUGAUCAGCAAAUUAAAGAGAUCAAAGAGGUGAUUGAGCUUCCAAUUAAGCACCCUGAGCUGUUUGAGAGUCUAGGAAUUGCCCAACCAAAGGGUGUCCUCCUCUAUGGUCCUCCAGGUACUGGAAAAACAUUACUUGCUCGUGCAGUUGCUCAUCACACAGACUGCACCUUCAUUAGGGUGUCAGGUUCUGAGCUGGUUCAGAAGUACAUUGGAGAGGGUUCCCGGAUGGUUCGUGAACUUUUUGUUAUGGCUAGGGAACAUGCACCAUCCAUUAUAUUUAUGGACGAAAUAGACUCCAUUGGAUCUGCUAGGAUGGAGUCAGGAAGUGGCAGUGGUGAUAGUGAGGUUCAGCGCACCAUGCUUGAGCUUCUAAACCAACUUGAUGGUUUUGAAGCAUCAAACAAGAUUAAAGUUCUUAUGGCAACAAACAGGAUGGACAUACUAGAUCAAGCUCUCCUGAGGCCUGGGCGCAUUGAUAGGAAGAUUGAAUUUCCAAAUCCUAAUGAAUAUUCCCGCUUUGAUAUAUUGAAGAUUCAUUCAAGAAAAAUGAACUUGAUGCGCGGCAUUGAUCUGAAGAAGAUCGCUGAGAAGAUGAACGGAGCCUCAGGAGCAGAGCUAAAGGCGGUUUGCACGGAAGCCGGAAUGUUCGCGCUCCGCGAGAGAAGGGUGCACGUCACGCAGGAGGAUUUUGAGAUGGCAGUGGCGAAGGUGACGAAGAAGGAUACAGAGAAGAACAUGUCCCUGCGAAAGCUCUGGAAGUGAAGCUCACGCCUCGGCGGCACCCUGGCUCCCGCUCAUGUCGGAACGGCUGAAGCGAGCAGCGGCGUGUUGCCAGAUUAGCUGUGAGAUUCUGAAAAAAUCGUUUCUCGAACUCGAUGCAGCAUAGCAGCUUUAUAAGUUAAAUUGGUUUAUUGAAUCAUCAAAGAGGUGUCAGAUGAAAUCAGUUCUCGUGCU